GAUACGGGAAGGGGGGCAUCAGUACCAUGCUGAGGGCAUUGUCACUCCCCCCCGACCCUCCCCGCACCCCUGCAGUGGCGAAGAACUACUUCCAGCUGCGGGAAUUCUCCUUCACGCUGCGGGACGACGUGUACCUGCGGUUCCAGUCCUUCAGCAGCCCCCAGGAGCUGGAGCGGGAGCUGCAGAAGAUCAACCCCUACAAGAUCGACAUCGGGGCCAUCUACUCCGUGCGGCCCAGCCAGCACAACACGGUGCACUUGGGGACCUUCCAGCCGCAGGAGAAGGAGCUGGUCUUCGACAUCGACAUGACGGACUACGAUGAUGUGCGGACAUGCUGCAGCUCGGCUGAUAUCUGCUCCAAGUGCUGGACGCUGAUGACCAUCGCCGUCCGCGUCAUCGACCGCGCGCUCACGGAGGACCUGGGCCUGAAGCAUCGCCUGUGGGUGUACUCGGGCCGGAGGGGUGUCCACUGCUGGGUGUGCGACGACACGGUGAGGAAAUGGUCCCCAGCGCUGCGGGCGGCCACCGUGGAGUACCUGAGCCUGGUGAAGGGCGGAGCAGAGACGGUGAAGAAGGUGAACCUCUCCUACCCCGUGCACCCCUUCAUCAGGCGCUCGGUGGCCGUGGUGGAGAAAUACUUCGAGGAGUACGCGCUGGUGGGGCAGGACAUCCUGGGCAGCCCCGAGCGCUGGGACAAGGUGCUGGCCCUGGUGCCGGAGGAGCACCGCGAGGCGCUGCGGGCGGAGUUCCCGCGCAGGAAGGACUCGGCGCAGCGCUGGGAGCUGCUGCGGGGCUGCAUGGAGCGCACGCGGGGCCGCGGCGCCGCCGCCCCCUGCUACGCUGACUGGGAGAUCAUGCUGCAGUUCUGCUUCCCCCGCCUCGACAUCAACGUCAGCAAGGGCCUGGGACACCUGCUCAAGAGCCCCUUCAGCGUCCACCCCAAAACAGGCCGCGUUUCGGUGCCGCUGGACCUGCAGAUGCUGGACCAGUUUGACCCGUUCGCUGUCCCCACCAUCACGUCCCUGUGCCACGAGCUGGACACGGCUGGCAGCGAUGGGGAGCAGGAGGACGGCGGGGAGAGCGAGCCCAAGCGCCGGGCGAGGGACUACAAGAGGACGAGCCUGGCUCCCUACGUGAGGGUCUUUGAGCAGUUCGUGGAGGGCAUGGAGAGCGCCCGGCGGGGGGAGCGGCUGCGCCAGAGCGACCUUCAAGGAGACUUCUGAGGCCUUGCUGCCCGGGGUCCUGGAUGCAGGGAUGGCGAGGGACCCAUGGCCUUUGUCACCUCUGUGCUUGUCAUUGUCACCUCCGCUGCCCGUGGGGGUCCUGGUGCCUUGGAGCAGCCGACCUGCACCGGCUCCAUUUGUCACUCACAGCCCCUUCCACUUUUUGUACUUUUUGUACCUUUUCUACAAAAAAAACCAUUAAACCUUUCUGGUCACC